GCACUAGCCAAUCCCGAGAAGACUGGGAUGGCUCUGCGGCUGCGCGGGGCGAUUUGAAAUCUUCUGUAUACGUAUCCUCCAGUUAUGGCGGACGACGCCGUUUCGGGAGCGCCUCUCGGCGAGGCAGCGAUGGAUCUCUCGGCGCGCGCAAGGCUGUUUGAAGCUCAUAUACAGAACUAUUGUGGUGAUGACCCACUUGAUCCUUGGUACAGGUAUCUUCAGUGGGUAGAAGGAAUUUCAGAAGCAGAGGGAAGAGAAAAUUACACAUCACAUUUACUGGAGCAGCUUAUGAAGACAUUUUUGAAUGAGAAGAGGUACCAGCAGGAUGCAAGAUUCAUCGACUGCUGCAUAAAAUUUGCUAGCAUCCUUGACAACCCAAGUCAGUUUUUUGACUAUAUGUACACUCAAGGAAUUGGUAACAAGUCAUCCAUUGUGUACCUUGCUUGGGCCCAGCAUCUUGGCAUGCAGGGAGACAUUUCUCAUGCAAUCACCGUUAUUCAGAAAGGUAUUCGCAAUGGAGCUCAGCCCACUGAGAAACUACAACAACAAUACAGACAGUUGCAGAGUUGCUUACCUCAGAGUCAAAUAUCAAAUCAAGUUGGUGUCCUGCAGCCGCUUAAUCCUCAGCUGUCCAAUCAAAUCGUGGCUAAAGCUGACCUUCCGUUUGUCUGCCAAAACCAGAAUCCAGCUGAUUUUGAACCACUGUCCACAACUUGUAAGGGACCACAAAAUACGCAACAACCUGUAUAUGUAACCACCAUUUCCAAAUCAGAAAUUGUACCCACCCCUUCCUCCAGUUCUGUCCUUGAGCAGAAGCCCAUGUAUGCCAAGAAUCUUCUUUAUUGUGAAGGCUCUGAAUUGUGCUUUGAAGAAGUGAGAGCCAAAAUAUAUUUGAAAAAGGCUGAACGUCUGAAAAGGCACAAGGAAUGGGAGGAUGAAGACAAAGAGUUUAUGAAAAAGAAACAAAAUGAUCUAAUUGAGCUACAGAAACUGCAGCAAAAGCUGGACCAGCUUUCCCAGACAUCAUCAUCAUCUCAGAAAACAGUGCUGCCUUUUUCUACUCAUCAGUCCAUUCCAAGCACCACAAUGGGCGCUCCAUGUGGAAUCAGAACUGCUCAGUGUUGGCCCGAAUGGGCACCACCGUUUUCAGCCGGAUGCCCGCAAAAUUUGCUGAAUUCGGGGAGGGAGCCUCAGCAGGCAACAAGGGGUGCUUCUGCUCUUCAGACCGACGGAAAUCACCACCAGCAACCUAUUUUCAGUGAGCUCUCAAGAGGAGGUGCUUCUGCUUUGCAGCCAAUCGAAAGUUGGCAACAGCGACCUGUUUUUGGAGAGAGAUUGCCAGGAGGUGCUUCAGGUUUGCAAGCUGAUGAAACUCACCAGCCUCGAUCUGUUUUCAGUGAGAUGCUCGUAGGAGGUGCUUCGGCUCCGCAAACUGAUGAAAAUCAUCAGCAGGAAUCAGUUUUUGGUGACGUAUCUGUAAGAGGUAUUUCAGCUGUGCAACCUAAUGAGAGUCUCUGGCAACAAUCGGUAUUAUCUUCUACGUCAUCUGCACUAAAUGCAGUGUCUCUCUCCAAAGCGAAAUGCGAUCUUGCGGAUUGUGAGAAGAGGCUGCAUAGACUUCACGUCAGCUCUGAAGACCUUGUCCAGCCGCCCCAGAAACAAGUGAUUGUCCCACAUGGUUACCAUCAUAUGGAACAGCACCUGGACGCUUCUCAUCAGAAACUUCAACAUUCCACUGAAAUGAGAGAUGCAUCGGGCAGUAGAAAUGCUUCUAUUUUCUAUGAUAAUCGUCAUGCGACUCCAAACACAUCAGCCCUGAUGCAGGCAACUCCAUCUAAACCAUCUCCUACUGUGCACACAAAAGAGGCUCUGGGUUUCAUCAUGGAUGUGUUCCUUGCACCUUCUUCUUCAGGUGUAGCAACAACUAUGCUUUCAGAAGGAGAUGAUGAAGAAGAGGACGAGUUUGAGGCCUUCUGUAGAAAUAAAGGUCCAAGUGAGGCCGCUGCCAUUAAACCUGUCGUUCCUGCUGCACCACCUGCUUUUACAAUCUUUGAAGACGAGAACGCAGAGGUCCAUCAGCCACAUCCAAAGUCAACGGAGACCAAAGUCUUUGGUGAACGUCUCACAGUAGGCUGUGCUGUCAAAUCAGCAGAGGAAAGCCAGCCCACUGAAGCCCUGACAGGUGACUACACUGUAUGGGCAGGUCACUGCAAUAAAACCCUGGCUCCCAGUCCAAAUGACUCGGGUGAUUUUCUGCAUGCCGCUCGCUUUGCCUCAACACCAUUCAGUGCAAUUCCAGCACGUACUGACCAAGUCAUUGAGGAUCCCUGGGACGACAGCUUAAUCCGCCAGCUUCUGUCUGCGCUGCCCAAACCAAUAAGCGCCUAUUCCAAUACUUUUGAAUGGGGAUCAAAUGUUCCGGUUCUCAAACCAAAGGCUGAACUUAACUUGGGAUCCAUGUCCUUCCAUAUUGACUUCUUACUUGGAGAAGGAGCUUUUGCACAUGUGUAUCAAGCCUCUGUCCUUGACAUGGACAACACAAGAAACAACCGGAAAGUGAUCCUGAAGCUUCAGAAGCCUGGGAACCCCUGGGAAUUCUAUAUAGCAGCUCAGCUGACGGAAAGGCUGAAGCCAAGCUUACGCCAUCUUUUCAUCCACUUCUAUUCUGCUCACUUCUUCCACAAUGGAAGCAUUUUAGUUGGGGAGCUCUACAGUUAUGGGACUCUACUGAACACCAUAAACAUAUACAAAAAGUUGACAGAAAAGGUGAUGCCCCAAGCUCUCGCCCUCUACUUCACCAUAAAAAUUCUGCACAUGAUAGAAGAGCUGCACAAGUGUGGGAUAAUUCAUGGGGACAUUAAACCUGAUAACUUCGUUUUUGGCGAAAGGUUUCUGGACAAUGAUACCUGUGACAUUGACGGCACGUCUCAUGGCUUGGCGCUCAUUGACUUCGGCCAAAGCAUAGACAUGAGCCUGUUUCCUGAGGGAACUGUAUUCACUGGGGAGUGCAAAACAUCUGGAUUUCAAUGCAUUGAAAUGAUGACACAGAAGCCAUGGAAUUAUCAGACAGAUUAUUUUGGAAUUGCUGCAACAGUAUACUGCAUGCUGUUUGGCACUUAUAUGAAAGUGAGAAACGAACAAGGUAUCUGGAAACCGGAUACUGUCUUCAGAAGGAUCCCUAAUGCAGAAGUUUGGACUGACUUCUUCUUCACCUUACUGAACAUACAAGAUUGUAACCACUUGCCUGCUUUGGGAGAUUUACGAAGCAGACUGAGAGACGUCUUUGUGAGCACGUACGCCAACAAAAUAACCGCUCUUCGGAACAGGCUGGCCGUGCUGCUCGUUGAAAAUAAGCGUUCACGAAAGUAGAUCUUGGAUUCCGAGACUGCUUUCGAAAAGGAAACGGAUGCAAGCAAUUCUGGAGACAAAAUUUCUUCCGUAGGUUUUACAAACUUAAGAUACUAUCUAAUGACUGCUGUACAGGUUGGCAUGGCUUUUUUUUGGUUGUUGCUUUAAUGGAUGCCUUAAUGUUUUGUUUUUUAAAAAAUAAAACAACUGGGCUGUACUAGAGUUGAAAGGCACUAUAAAAAUGAAGUUUGAAAAGAAAUUACAGAAUAUAUGAAAUAGAGCGGGGGGGUUGCAUAUUCUGGUAUUCCAUACCUCACUGGGGUCAUGUGCAUGGCAGAAUUAGUCUUGUAAGGUGAAGGUGCUGCCGUACACCUGACUCUACCCCAAUAAUGUAUGGAUUACCUGGUGUUUGGGGGAAGUGCUGAUCUGAAGCUCUGUCUCUUUCCCAUCUUGGAGAAUAUGAGCAUCUUUGAGGGAGGUUGUUGGCCCCAUGAUGAGAAGGCCUCGCCUAUAGGAGCCAUAGCUACGCAUCUUUUGAAGGGUUUUGAUCCUCACUGUCAUUUUUCUGAUCAUCUGCUCUGUCAGCAUUUGCACUGGUGGUCUUUUAAGAGAGGCAGAAAUCCAGGCUAGAGACAAGUCUUCCUUAUCCACAUGCCUUCUACGUAGCUGACCUUGUUGCUAGAUACUGGAAGAAGUAUACUUUGGUUCAUUUGGAGGAUGCUAACUUGGGGAUAGCUUGUCUGGACUAAACCAAAACAAAAGUCUUUAGAGGGAGAUCUUUUCCUAGCCCAGCGGUUCUGAGCCUUUGCUGCUCCCAGUCAUUUUGGAUUUCCAUCUCCCACAUGUGGGAGCCAACAGAUGGCCAACACAUAUGAAAGGUGAAGGCUGAGAACUAUUGAUUAGAUUAGAUUACUAAAAUGAUGAUUAG